AGGAAAAGAAAAUCAGGAGACAAACCGGGCAGCAAUUGGCAACACGCGACCCGCCAUCACCCAAAAAACCGCCAUUUAUUCCCGCCAAUCGCCAUCGUGUUAAAAACUCAGGUUUUCCAACAUUCUACAGAGUACCAGUAGUGUAUAUGCAAAUUGACACGCAAGAGUUCUAGUUCUAACAAGAGAGGAGAGAAACAACGAGUAUCAGUGAUAAUUUCGUCGUCGAAAUUAAAAUGGGCGACAAUUUUGAGGAGCAGAAUAAGCUUCCCGAGCUCAAACUCGAUGCCAAACAAGCUCAAGGGUUUCUUUCGUUCUUCAAAACCCUACCCAAUGACCCUAGAGCUGUUCGAUUCUUCGAUCGUCGGGACUAUUAUACCGUGCAUGGUGAGAACGCAACUUUUAUUGCAAAGACAUAUUACCACACUACAACUGCUGUUCGACAAAUAGGAAGUGGAUCUGAUGCCAUUUCCAGUGUUAGUGUGAGUAAGAAUACGUUUGAAACAGUUGCCCGAGACCUUCUUCUGGAGAGGACUGACCACACUCUCGAAUUGUACGAGGGCAGUGGAUCAAACUGGAGACUUGUGAAGAGUGGGACCCCUGGAAAUUUAGGCAGCUUCGAAGAAAUUCUUUUUGCUAAUAAUGAAAUGCAAGACUCUCCGGUGAUUGUGGCUGUCGUAGCAAAUUUUCGUGAAAAUGGAUGUACUGUCGGAUUGAGCUAUGUUGAUCUUACUAAGAGGGUGCUUGGAUUGGCAGAGUUUCCCGACGAUAGCCACUUCACUAAUUUGGAGUCGGCCCUCGUUUCUCUGGGUUGCAAGGAAUGCCUUUUGCCCGUGGAGCUUGCCAAAUCUAGUGAAUAUAAAACACUAAACGACGCGCUGUCCAAGUGUGGUGCAAUGGUGACUGAAAGAAAGAAAUCGGAGUUUAAAGUGAGAGAUUUGGUACAAGAUCUUGGUAGGCUUGUGAAAGGUUCUACAGAUCCUGUAAGAGAUCUACUCGGUGCAUUUGAAUUUGCACCCGGGGCUUUGGGGUGUAUAAUGUCGUACGCGGAACUUGUUGCUGAUGAGAGCAAUUAUGGUAACUACAAGAUCCAAAGAUACGAUCUCGAUAGUUACAUGAGAUUAGAUUCUGCUGCCGUGAGGGCAUUAAAUGUCAUGGAGAGCAAAACCGAUGCCAACAAGAAUUUCAGCUUAUUUGGUCUUCUCAAUAGAACGUGUACUGCGGGUAUGGGGAAGCGGUUGCUGCACAUGUGGCUGAAACAACCUUUGUUAGAUGUAACGGAGAUAAACUGUAGGCUGGAUUUGGUACAGGCUUUUUUGGAGGAUACUGCCCUACGCCAAGAUCUGAGGCAGCAUUUGAAAAGAAUUUCGGAUAUGGAACGACUUGUGCGCUCUCUCGAGAAGAAACGAGCAAGCCUAGUUCAUGUUGUUAAGCUUUAUCAGUCAAGCAUCAGGGUUUCAUUCAUCAAAAGUGCGUUAGAGCAGUACGAUGGCCAGUUUGCUUCAUUGAUGAAGGAGAGAUAUUUAGAUCCUCUAGAAAACUGGACCGACGAUAAGCAUUUGAAUAAGUUCAUUGGUCUUGUGGAAACUUCAGUUGAUCUUGAUCAACUUGAGAACGGCGAAUACAUGAUUUCAUCGAGUUACGAUUCACAUUUAGCGUCUUUAAAAGACGAGCAAGAAUCUCUGGAGAAUCAGAUACAGGAUUUGCACAGAAAAGCAGCCAACGAUCUUGAUCUGGCUAUCGAUAAAGCUCUAAAACUAGAAAAGGGGAUACAAUAUGGAUAUGUGUUUAGGAUUACCAAAAAGGAGGAGCCAAAUGUAAGGAAGAAGCUGAAUACCCACUUUAUUGUACUUGAAACUCGCAAGGAUGGGGUUAAAUUCACAAACACAAAGCUUAAGAAACUAAGUGACCACUACCAAAAGGUAGUUGAGCAAUAUAAGAGCUGCCAGAAAGAAUUGGUCGCCCGAGUAGUGCAAACUGCUUCAAGUUUUUCCGAGGUGUUCGAAGGAUUAGCUUGGUUGCUCUCUGAAUUGGAUGUUUUACUUGGUUUUGCUGAUUUGGCCGCUAGCUGUCCCACUCCUUACACACGACCAGUCAUCACUCCAUCAGACGUCGGAGAUAUUAUUUUGGAAGGGAGUCGGCAUCCUUGUGUUGAAGCUCAAGAUUGGGUGAAUUUCAUCCCAAAUGAUUGUAAACUAGUCAGGGGAAAAAGUUGGUUCCAGAUUAUCACAGGACCAAAUAUGGGUGGAAAAUCAACGUUCAUACGACAGGUUGGUGUAAAUAUUUUGAUGGCGCAAGUUGGUUCUUUCGUCCCUUGUGACAAUGCUGUAAUUUCUAUACGUGACUGCAUUUUUGCUCGUGUGGGUGCUGGUGACUGCCAGCUACGUGGAGUUUCGACAUUCAUGCAAGAAAUGCUCGAGACUGCAUCUAUCUUGAAAGGAGCAACUGAGAGGUCAUUGAUAAUAAUUGACGAGCUAGGUCGUGGUACAUCGACAUAUGAUGGAUUUGGCCUAGCUUGGGCAAUUUGUGAGCACAUAGUUGAAGAGAUAAAAGCACCUACACUGUUUGCAACUCACUUUCAUGAGUUGACUGCUUUAGCACACGACUAUACUGGUGAUGAGCAGUCCUCGAAGAAACUUAAGGGAGUAGGUAAUUGCCAUGUGAGCGCGCACAUUGACUCAUCGAGUCGCAAGCUUACCAUGCUUUACAAGGUUGAACCAGGGGCGUGUGAUCAAAGUUUCGGUAUACACGUUGCGGAAUUCGCUAAAUUCCCAGAAAGUGUUGUCGCCCUUGCUCGAGCAAAGGCUUCCGAGUUGGAAGAUUUCUCGCCCAAAGAGAUUGGAUCUAAACGAAAGCGAGAAGCGGACCCUGAUGAUGUAAGCAAGGGUAUCGAUCGAGCUCGCCAGUUCUUGAAGGACUUCUCCGAGUUACCACUAGACAAGAUGGAAUUGAAGGAAGCCCUACAAAACGUCGGCAAAUUGAAAGAGGGCUUAGAGAAGGAUGCAGUUAACUGUUCUUGGCUUCAGCAAUUCCUCCGAUGAUGUAAGCAAAGGGUAUUUCAUUAAAUCGGGUAACUUUUUUUGUGCAAAUAGAUUCAGGCCUUAAGAGAAGCCCACAACACGAUUUGGCUUCGUUUUUUGUCGAUGGUAUUGGAUUGGAGUUCAAGUAAGAUUAUGUAUAGUGUUUUCGACCCGAAUGAGUUUGGAAAAAUCAAAUUUUCCCGCUUUUGUGCGUUGCAUAUUCCCCCGUCCAUUGCCACUGAAUUUUGCAGCUGCUUCUCAAAUGUUGUUGAUGUCUUAUGCUGAAAUUUACUUCUUAUAGCUGAUUUUAUUCGGGCCACUGAAUUCUCAGAUGGAGAUGAGUUCGGCCACGUUUCUUU